UCAGCCCAAACAUUGAUUUUUUACUAAGUUUCAGUUCAUGAUAUUGAUUUAGUACUCUGGAAAAAAAUUAAGUGAAACGCCUGUCAUUCAAAGUUGAUUAAUAUCCAAAACGUUUCAUGAAAAAUAUUUAUUCAUAGCUUACAUUUGCUAUUCAGUAAGUAAGUUGAAUCCCAUUACAACUCUUGUUUGUUUAAUGCAAAACUUCCUUUGUUUACCCUAUUGAUUACUUGUUAGCAGUAUUUCCCGUCUGUUGAAGUAAGGUCAUUGAAAGUCCUAAACAAUAGAUUCAUGCAUGUUAAGAUGGAUCAAUGAAUCCACUCUUGAACCCUGUCAGAGUCUCAUUUAGGUUGAGGCAUUUCAAUACUCGAGUAAGGUUUUUGCCCAAAUUUCCUGUAGCAGUUUUUUCAAAUUGGUAGAAACUUCGUACUUAUACAACUCUACUAAGGUUGCAUAAGAAGAGGAGACAAGAUGGGAAUUUCCAGCAUCUUGCUGGUAGUCCUUUUUCUUCAGGCUUCAUUGGGGGUAGAAUGGAAUCCUGAUGGCUCCUGUAAGAGUAGCAUUCUUUACUCCCACUUCACGGCAUCCUCUGAUAUUUCCCGUCCUUUGCAGCACCUCCGAGACAUCCACCACAUCCGUCAUGAACAGCAGUGCUCGGGAUCUUGUAUCACUGAACAGGGGUGCCGCGUUUUCCAUUAUGACAAGGAAAAAAUGGUCUGCUCUCUGUUUACUGACAAUGGGCCAAUAACACUGGACAAUUAUUAUGUUGUCAAUACAACCCAGGACUAUAGAACUUUCUUAAGACACGCUGAUUGUCCUUACUACACAGAGUGCAAGUUCGACCCUUAUUGCCAGAAUGACUGCCUGGACAAAGAAAACUUCACAUGUGAAUGCCCAACAAAUAAGCAUGGAAAAACAUGUCUCCAAGAUUUCCAGCACAUCCCAGAGCUGGUGCAGACUAUUCCUGUACAUUAUGGAGUCAAUGGGGAACACAUGACCAUCAAUGGAAAACACUACUUGAUUAUCGCCUCCAGGUCCACCAAGUCCUGCUGUUGGACUUACGAUGCAGGUCUGUCCAAAGUGUUUGUAUAUGAAGAGGUUCUGGAGAAAUAUGUGCACAUGCAGAACUUGCUCCCCAGUAGUACAGCAGAUCUCCAGGGGUUUGUCACUGAGGGCACUCACUAUCUUAUUACAACAGCAUAUGAGGAUCUGCCAGGCAUAGCGGGAGGGAGUUCUAAUGCCUUUGGAAAUCCAACAGAUAACACACUGUACAAAUUUGAAGACACUGAAGCCAUUUUCCCUGAAAUUGUCGCCAUCAAUGCUGACCAGAAACUGACCUACAUGGUGAAAAUUGGAGGAUCUUGGGAAAUGCAUGAAUCUGAAACAUGCUGCAUGAUGGCUGCAACUGUUCAUCCCUCUGGCAAUCUAGUUGGCAUAACAACCGGCCGCUACAUCCAAAGCAAACCUACUCUGGAUUCUCCUUGCUGCAAGCAGGGAUAA